ACACGGGGAAUAUGAUAUGUUUCAAAAUCAAAAGACAUGUAUAGCUUUGAUUUUAAAUAUUAUAAUAAUAUAAAAUAAAAUAUGAAAAAAUAAAUAAAAAAUAAAAAAGCCAUUGUUCAUCUUCUUCUUCGAAGAUGAACACAGUAGCACAAGCAGGGGACAGCCAUGGACAUUUGCCAUGGCUCUCGACCCACCGAUCUGGGUGAACCCCCAAGCUCGGAGCCAUGGGCUCGUCUUUUUCUCUCUAGGUCGGGAGAUGACAAAGCUGGUUGUCGUCGCUGCAGAGGGAGAGGGGACCGCCCUGCCGCCGCUGCGAAGAGCGAUCUCCAGCGACUUCAAAUCGGAAACCAGGGUUUUGGAAGAUUGGAAGAGAGCGAAUGGGAGAUGAGGAAGAUGAUCAACAGCACAAGCGGAUGGCACACUUCGAAAAUUCAAAUAAUAGAGGAGGGCAUUUAUGGUAUUUCGGCUUUAUUCUUUAUGAGGAUUCUAUCGGGAAUGGCUAUUCAUCAUGUCCAUGUGAUGAAUGCAUAUUCAGCAUCCAUGCUUGAUGAGAACCUGGACCCGGAAUUCCUAUUCUGGAUUAGUGGUUUCCCAAACUGGGGAAUUAGUAUUCCAUAUGGAAUACAUGGGGAAGGGAACCCGAAUUCUUGCGAACCAAACAUACCCCUUGUAGAUACAAAUUAUUUGAUGGGCUUUGCUGAGAUCCUGGUCUGCCCACUUGCAUAAUUUAUUCCAUAACUCAGCAUAGCAAUAAUUAAUAAAAAAAUUGAAAAUCUUUAUCAAA